CUCCUGCCAUGAUGUGAUAUAUAUUCAUAUUUCUGCAGGGCUGCUGCAGCUCUUGUCUCACCAAAAUGCCUCUUGAAACAGUAAUUUGUGCCAUCCCCAUCAAGGUGGGUUGUGCACAGGGAGCUUUGCCCCUUCUGCCAACAUCCCUGUUUUCCCUGGAUUGAUUUUCUGCGCUCAGUCCUCUGCUCUAGAGGCCCAAAUAGACUUUAAUUAAAGACUUGAGGCUUUUUCCUAAGCGGGGAAGACCUUGUUGCAGGGAUGAAUCAGCAGCAAAUGACAGGCCGGGCAGAGGCAUUGGCUCCGCGUUGGGCUGUCGCUUGUUCCGAGGUGGCUGAGCCGUGCGGGGCAGGAGCAUUUCUGCUCUCUUCGGGUUGAACCUUGGCCACCUCGACCGCGCCGAGUGAUUUUGGGACAUUUUUGGGAAGCAUCUGACCGCUGAAGUUCUCUAGAAACGCUCCGGCCGCGCGUCCUUCCCUGCGUGCGGCCGUGAAAGCCACGGGUUGCUGAGGGACGUCGCCACGCGAGGAAGCUCUUGUCAGCCUGCUGCUGCUAAAGCACUGGGACCAGUCCAGGAUUGAAGCUGGAGAACCAUUGCUGAAGGUGGUACAAGCUACACUCCAAGGCCGGGAAGAAGGAGAAGGAGCGCGGGGAGAUCCUGGUGAGCAUCCAGUUCACGCGUAACAACCUCACGGCCAGCAUGUUCGACCUGUCCAUGAAGGACAAGCCGCGCUCGCCCUUCGGCAAGCUGAAGGACAAGGUGAAGGGCAAGAAGAAAUACGACUUGGAGUCGGCCUCGGCCAUCAUCCCCAGCAGCAUGGGCGCCCUCGACGGGGAGGACGACUACGACAUCGGGGGCAAGAAAUCCAAAGUGAAGGGCUUCUUCUUGAAGAACAAGCUGCGCAAGUCGUCCCUGACGCAAUCCAACACCUCCCUGGGAUCCGACAGCACCGUCUCUUCCGCCAGCCUGGGCCUGGCCGCAAACCUUCCCGAGGUGACCAAAUCCCCCAGCAGACACAGCAGCCUGUCCACGGAGCGCUCUGUGAAAGACUAUUUGCCGUCUCCGAAGCUGACCCACAAGAGAGCGUUCAGCGACGAUGUGUCCCAGGUCAGCCCGGUCCUGGAGCCAAAAGCAAUCCAAAACCUGAAACCAAAGAACGACCCCGUGUCCCGCUCUUCCCUCUGCAUCAACGGGAGCCACGUUUACAGCGACGAGCCCGCGCCGAAGAGCCCCGUGUCUGUCCCGCAGGCUGUCCCCAGGCGGCAGGAGGAGGGUCACGGCUUCACCCCCCUCCAUCCCGACCCCCACGAGGUGCCGUGGGGGAUCAGCGGCUUUGAGAGGGCGCAGCAGAGAGACGAGCCCAGGUUCAUCCCGUCUCCUCCCAGCCUGGCCUUGCAGGAGGAGCUCAGGGUCUCCACGAAAGCCGUCACGCUCAGCAACCACCUGGGCAGAGCCAGGAUGGAGGAAAACAGCCGCUUAGAGAACAAACCGACUCAAGCCGCGACGCCCGUGGUCUUCUCCACGGAGACAACGAAGGACAAACCACCCGAGGAAACGAGGAAAGAGGAGAAGAGAGCCAAGGGCGGCCUGUUCCACCACGGGGGCAGCAAGAGCGACGCGGGGAGCAAAACCCAGGCCGAGAAGGUGGGACCCUCGCACGGCUCGUCCGGCCACGCGGCGGCCAGCGGAGACGAGAGGAGCAAAACCGGCGGCUGGUUCGGUUCCAAGGAGCCCAAAGAGUCCCCUCAGAAACCCAGUUUCUCGUCUGGGCCGCAUGCUUCAACUGAGGUCGCUGGGAACUUUUAUUCCUCUGAGGAUUGCAGUCCCUCUGCCUCCCUAAGACAUAAAGACUCGGAGAGAGAGUCUCCAGCCAAAAGCGUUGGUGUCCCCGUGCCAGAAACUACCCCCCCAUCGCAAGGAGACCACCCUCCUCCGGAUGAGAAACCUGCCGUCCCGCCUCCCCUCUCGGAGUGGGACGAUACCUUCGAUGCCUUUGCGACCAGCAGGCUCAAACCGGAGCUGAAAAAGGAGAGUUUCUUUGCCUCGGUGGCGGCGGAGGGCAUGGCUUUUAUUGACGACCCCGACGCAGCCAGCCCGACGGAAAGAUCGGCCGAGCCGGCUCGCGAGAAGCAGACAAAGGCUUUUGAAGAGGCCGAUUCGCAAAUCGGCGAAAUGCCCACGACUCUGCGGUCUUGGACAAAUUUCUCUGGUUUAGACGUUGGGGCAAACUUGGUGAGCACAACCCAGGAGGCGACUGUGAUAGAGGACGUGCUGAGCCCCGUGUCCGCGGGGUCGGGGGGAAGGAGGAGGAAAAGCAGCACGCCUACGGUUUGGACAGUUGCGUUUGCAUCGGGAAAUCCCGGGGAAAAAGAGGCUUCGACACCACUGACUGCUGAAAAUAGCGCUAGGGAGGAAGGGGACAGUAAUGAGGAGGAACCUUCUAGCACGGGGACAAACGGGUGGAUGACAAUAGCCACCGAAACCGCUCCUGAACUGUCGGAGAGUGCCGAAAGCGGGGCUGAGCAGGACGGCGCGUUCGGCCCCCGACCAGCCUUCCUCAGCGACGGCGCCUUCGAAGCCAAGAGCGCAUCUUGCACCGCCGCUUGCGUGUUGCCCAGAAGCCCCUUUGUCCCCGAACCCCUCUCCGAAACCCUUCCGGGCAGCAACGUGGCGGCCGUGCCCCCGCGGGUGCUCGCAGACGUGGCACCGCGACGGUUCCCCGUGGCCCCCGAGCCGGGGAUGGACCCCCAGGGUGCUGGGAGCGAGGAGGAAACGUUCGACAUACGGACUUCGGUCUACCGGCUCCAGGCGAGCAUGCGGCUGGAGGCCGGUGAAAACCGUGUCAAACUCAUCUCCGACGCUCGGGAGCAGCACGUUGUUCUCUCUCCGUGGUCGGGGACACGAGAGAGGGAGGAGGCGGUGGCUGGCUCGGCUGUGCCGCCCCCAAAACCCCCGAGGUGGUUCGCAGCCGCGGGCGGCAGAGGGGACGGUGAGGAGGAGGAGGAGGAUGCUGGUGACCUGCGGCAGCGAGGCAGCCAGGAGCGACGGGAUGACGCAGAGGGCCCGAAGGCAGACACGGAGCUGCCGAGGCAGCUGAGCAGCGAGCCCUCGGUUCCGGUGUCUCCCAGCCCGCCCGUGCUGGGAGCAGAUGCAUCUGAAACCGGGAGCGAGUUCCCGGUGCCCGAGGAUGCCAAAUCUGCUGCUGCGGACUCGGUGGAUAACUUGGAGGCGAGAGGUGGUGAGCUGGCAGGAGGGGACACCUCUCUGGGGGAAAACCAGUCAGAGAUGAAUGAGACAGAUGCGGCUGAGCAGUUUGAGACUUGCCCAUCCAAGUUCUCCCUGGAUGGAUUAGGCCAGACGGGAGCUAAGCAGAGCUGGAGCCAGCCAGGUCUAUCUCUGACGGCGAGCGUGGAUGGUGCCGAGUGGGAGGUGGCCCCCAAAGAGGAGCUGUUCCCCGAGGAGCUCAAUACAUCAAGACUAAACCCACCUUCCAAGCUAAACCCGGCCCAGCUGGAAACCUUCUGGACGGCUCUGGAAGAGCAGGAGGCGGCCGGUCCCCCCGCGGCCCAAAGGUUAGCGCGUGGGGACAGUCCCUCCCAGGCGGUGCGGGGUGACGGUGAGGGGCGAGCGGGGGUCCAGCCUGAGCCCGGCUCCCCUGGGCCGGCGGCCGCUCCUCCCCGCGAGGCGCAGCAGGGCAGAUGCUCAGGAUACAGCAGGAUAGAUUUCAAGAAAGCCGAUUUCUGGAAGCCAGACAGGGCAGAGGAGAAGCGCGAGCAGGACGCUUCAUCCCCAAAAAACCCAUUCGCUGCGGCACUCAGCCCAAACCCCCCCAGCAACCCCUUUGUGGAGAAGCCGCCAACUCCCCUCCCCGUCCAAGCCGUCCUGCCCGAAAAGCUCGGUCAGGGAGGCUUCAGCUUCACCCACCUCCGUGAGGAAGCCCUUGGGCGAGGCUUCCAGCCCACUAACCCUCCCGAGGAGCAGUCUCCUUCCCUGCAUGCCAGCCAGCCCUUGGCCUUCUCCACCCCUUUCCCUGUGGCUGCCACUAACCCUCCGCAGUUUGAUUUCCCCUCCCCUGUGGCGUGCCCGGCCAGCAGCGCGGUCCCCGCCGCCACCAGCCGCCCCGCCGCCCGGCCCUGUCCUUUGCCGCAGUCCGGUGACACACAAGCUUCAGCGCUCGUGGUUUUGCCCAGGGAGACACAGCCAGCUGAGAAGUCCUUUUUCCAGCAGACGACCAGUCCUCACCCGGUGAAACCCAUCAGUGCCACAGUGCAAGAGGUCUCCAGUGAGAAGAAGCAGCAGCACAGGUCCAGCCUGACGAGUGCGCUGAGUAAUGGUCUGGAGAAGCUGAAGACGGUCACCACGAGCAGCGUCCAGCCCGUGGCGCCCUCCUCUCACCCGGAGAAAACAGACUCCAAGAAAUUAAAGGAUCCCACCGUACCGGACCAGUCAGCCAAGUAUUAUCACUUGACCCACGAUGAACUCAUCCAGCUCCUGCUGCAGAGAGAGAAGGAGCUGAGCAAGAAGGAGGAGCACAUCCAGGAACUGGAGAACUACAUCGACCAGCUGCUGGUGCGCAUCAUGGAACAGUCCCCCACGCUCCUCCAGAUCCCGCUGGGGGAAAGCAACACCAAGUAACCUCUUCCCAGCAACCGGCGUCACUUGCCAAGAGCACUUGUCCAGUCACCGCGCUGCAAACGCCCCUGCACUCCCCAAUGCUCUUCCAAGAGGGCUCCGGUGGCUUCUGCCCGCAGAGUUUUGCAGGAAAGGUUUAUCUGCUCCUUCCCAGCUCAUCCCAGCUCUGGCUCCGGGGAUCUUUAGGGUGUUGGGCUGUCACACACCCUAUGGGGAGGAGCAGAGCAGAUGCCUCUUGAGGUUCUUGUCAGUGUGACCAAGUGGCAUCUCCUCAGGCUCUCCUGCCAGUGCUUUUAAGCGAUCCGUGGAUGCUGAAGAGCUGGAAACCAACCACUUGGUCCAUGUCUUCAUCCUGCUGCUGCUGUUCUUCUGCCCACAGUCUUCCACAUCUCUUUUCUCUGAACUGGUGCACCAUGGAUUGGUGGUAAAUUGAUUGACGACAUCAGGGAUGCUUAAACUACCAGCGUGUUACCGUCCACUGCGCAGGUAGGGAAGGGGCUACUGUUGGCUGCCGUUUCCCUCCCUGCCCUGUAAGGUGUCCCCCAAACGAAGGGUCAAGCUCCAAGUUGUGCCGUGAUCGUCUAGGAGAUGCUCCCCAAAGCCAUGGAGCUGGAGGACGUCAAGGACUCAAGGUGACAUCGCUGCCCGAUCGUGAGCGGUGUUGGUUCCUUCACUGCCCGCAUGCAGAGUCGCAAUUACUGCCUCGGUUACCCAGCUCAAAACUGUGGGAAACGGGCCAGUGAUGGUUUGUGCACCCUCACUACUACAUGAGAUGUUCCGUGUGGAUAAACCACACCUGUGUGUAUAAACCACAGCAGAAUUUUCUACUCAGUAUUACACUCCCCCUUCCCUGCAUCUGUAGAAAUCGCUUUCCACUGGCUGCCCCCCCCGACUCUGCGUCGUCUUUCUCAACGCAACAGGAAAACACCGUCGGAACUGAAGCUUGUGUGCAGGAGAAGGACGUCUGCCCGCCCAGCCACCUCUGUGUGACAUCCUGCCAGGCCGGGCAUCCCUCAAACGCUCUCUGUCAGAAUUAGCCAUUCAAUAAUCCCCCCAGAGCCUCUUCAAGCCGCCGUUAGUACCCAACACCACUUGUAUCGCAUCUACACGCCGGCGUCGGGUCUCUGGCAGAUCAGACCCACCCGCAGGUGCUGUGGACCAGCUCUGCUGGCUGUCGAGUGACCCGCUGAUGGCCUCUGAUUUAUGCAGUUUAACGACCGUAGAUGCCGUUAGCCCGAGGCUGGCAAGCGAUGCUCCCGCUCUCGGUUUGGAGAUGCUGCGGGAGGGUGUAGGAAGGAUUCUGUUCCCUCUUGUUCUGCCAGGAAAAGGCUGGAGAAGGUGGCCCUGCAGGCAGAGGGUCGGUUGGCGUGGGAUUUGAGCUGUCUUGAUGUGUAAAGUCAUCUUCUCUCUCCUCUACAUCUCCCAGAGUUACAGGAUUCUUAUAGAACCUUCCCAUUCUUUAUUCGCUUCAAUAUAUGCCGUGACUUUGAAAAAUUGUGCCUUUCGCAAUAGAACAAUAGCAGUUUCCUACCAAAAAGAAGGCGUUAAAAUCCGAUUCUCAGUUCAGCGCAACCCUUCUUGGGCAGUUUUUCUCUAAUCUGAAUUAGGCGAGUUUAUUUUUGAAUGCAGAGAGCAGAACCUUUGUGCCCCUGGGUGCAGGUUGCUUUUGGUGUUUGGCAGGAGCGGGAGGUCAAGAUAUAAAGAGAUGAUGCUGAGGGAAGAACAAACCGAAUAUUCCGAGGCUAAAUACAGCAGGAUAAGCACAGAAUUGGGUCACGCUCAAAGUCUGAGGUUGGAGAAGCAGGGGUAAGAGCUAUUGGGGAGAUUUGGUGGUGCUGUCGUGGGCAACGUUUGGCUUGUUUGACCAUCAUAGGAAGAUUUGUCACCUGGGAGGAUUCCGGCCAUGAGCUGUUAAUUCCCCCCCGACUAAGAUGUAAUUUGGGGUUUUGCAGCUCUCAGCCUGUAUCUUCACGUUCUUCUCUCUCCCCGUUUCUGGUGUCAGAUAUGAGGGUUUGAGGGAAGGUGAUUCUUUAUAAAGUCCCAAAAAUGUUUCUCUGCCUGCAGAAUCAAAAGGUCCCGUGGCCUGAGAGCCGAGUUCCCUUUCUGGGUGCGUCUCACCUCGGGAGGAGCUGUGGACAGCUAAAACAAAUCAGCCCGGCGGCAGGAGAAGCGCCGUGGGGCGGGUGGGACGAAGGGCAGCCCACGCUGGCUUUCUGCGCCCUACAAAAAUACCUGUUUCCUGGGGUUUCUCCCCAAUCUGCAGUUGGUGGCGUAGGUGCUCCCCACACACAAGUGCCGAUGUUUUGAGGAGCUCGCUGCCGCCGCCUCCUCCUCUCCCACCGCGUUUCACCGCCUCCCUCAUCCCCUUUCUGCCUUAGUCAGCUCUGCCUUUUAUUUUUAUUCUUAUUCUCCAAAGCUUGAAUGUUUUGCACUUUAUCUAUUCAAAUCUCAGAGCUCCGACGGGCUGUACGGCCUUUUCAGCAAUACGUGACCUGCCCCGGGCCCCAAACCAGCGCCUAAAAACGCUUCCACCGUGACUUUGGGGCAGCAGAACAUCCCAAAAGCUGAGGCAUCGCACAUAAAACACACCAAAAAAUCAAGCAGUGACGCCAGCCAGUGCUGCCCUGACGUUCUGUGUCUGUCCUGGAGCGUUUAAGGUGUCUCCAGAUGAUGACUCGUGCUUGGGAAAAGGCGUCUUCAGGAUGCUUUUUGUCUUUGUUCUCUGUUUUUCCACCCCGCUGUCCUGCAAACGUGGGGUUUUUCCCUCACCACACAGUUUGUAUUCUCUGCAAAGCGAGCGAGCUUGGCUAUUCCCACAGCAGCACUGACGCCAGAGCCUCACUAAGUCGUUCUUGUUCAAACCUUUAAGUGACGGGGGUAACUGGUUUUGAGGACGUUGAUGUUUUCUCGUAGAUGAGAAAAACAAUUGGGGGGAAAUAUUCUCAAGUCGCUUAUGUCCCAAAUUCCACAUUUAGUGAUUUAUUUGCGAAACCAGGGAGGCGAGAGACGCUUGUGCUCAGUGUGCGGGGAACGCCCUGAGAUCUGUCGCUCUUCGAACCGAGCGGACCGAAGGGUUUUAAUGGGCCAGUGGCAGCUUUUUACUGGUUCUUUUGUUUCCUUUUCCUUUGGCCUCCUGGUCUGUCCUUUUUCCUUGUUCAAUCCGUUUCACAAAGUCUUCCACGGGGAGCUGUUGCUUGCAGCCGCUCUCUGCUUUUGUUGCCAGCCCUAAAGUGGGUUUCUUGCUUUCAAAAAACUGGCCAAACUGAUUUAAUUUCACCUCGACUGGCCCUGAGUUCUGGACCAGAAGAACCACCAAGGUAUUAAUAUCUCCUUAAACUGGAACAAAACCUGAAGGGAUGUGGAUACGAAAGCGUCGCGUGGACUCAGUCUGUGCAGAACCCGCCGCGGGUUUUGCGUUAUAAACGUGGGGUGGAAAAACAUCCCAAAAAGGGAGAGAUAAAGGUCGGGGUUUGGGAGCUGUGGAUCUCCCCGUACUCCACGUACGCGGGAAGCGGGUUCUGUGUGUUUCAUGUUUUAAUAGUUGCGACUGAUGUUUAUAAAGAGCUUGUUAUUUACGUUUUAAGCACUUUAAAACGACGACAAAAAAAAUAAAAGUUGUUCAAGCUGUUCCUA